AUGAGAUCAGUCUGAAAUGUAGGUGUUACAUCAGGGAGAUAUCCAAAAUGUGUAACGUGUUGCGGGGCUCUUCAGGACAGGCUUGAGAAUCAAUGACGUAGAGCGGUGGCUUUCAGUCCUGGUCCUGGCUUGCCAAUACUCUACACAUUUCUUAUGUAACACACCAGGGGCUGAACUCACAAAACAUUUUAUCUUGCCACUAGAUACAAGAGUUCUCCUAAAUAGCAGUAAAAGUUAUUGGUUAAGAGUUUUCUCUUAAAACCUUUACACAAAGCUGCUGAGACCAACUUUUACUAAGGUAUAGAGAGAAGUCUUAAGCAAAGAGAAAGGUUGGGGUUGAUCAGGGGUGUGUAAACGAUAACAGAUUUUACAUUUCAUUUUUCAAGUACAUUCUAUAUCAAAUACAUUUCAAUCAAUAUUUUUUUGCGUGUCAAUCACGUGUAUAAAUGCACAUGGAAAAGAAUCCAUUAUGACCCUUUUACUGUGGAUUCAUCAGGUUUUAAACUGUGUCAUUGUACUUUGACAGCUUGCUGUUAUUCUUUCUCUCUUUUCCCAGAAAGUGCAAUGCAGCACCUAAAGCAUUGCCAAGGUCUUGCUUCGGUCUUCCUUAUCAGGAGUCAAAGUUCCAGGAUUUCAAAGAGCAUUAUCCCAUCUUUGUCUGUGUGGGACGCGCACCUUUCUUCCCGCUGGAGGAGCACUGGUGGCCAUGGGAGGCAGACAUACUUCAGUGACAGGGGGCCGAAGUUUAGAUUUGUUCUGGCGGGGCUGCUGGCGGGUACCGGAGCUGUUUUAGCAUACAGGCUCCACCAAGACAAGGUUGAGUGGGCAGCUUCCUCAGCACAGUUACCAGUAACGCAGACUUCAGCUCUUCCUGUGUACACCCUAGAAGAAGUCACAAAGCAUUGCUCCCUUGACAAUGGCGUGUGGGUCACCUAUAAAGGGGAAGUUUAUGAUAUUACUGCAUUUGUAGCCAUGCACCCUGGUGGCGACAAAAUACUUCUGGCAGCAGGUGGAUCUCUGGAGCCUUACUGGGCGUUAUACGCCGUUCACGAACAAGACCAUGUUCUUAAAAUCCUCUCAGAGUAUAAAAUUGGUGUCCUUAAUACAGAAAGUAUCAAGAAGCAAGAGAGCGCCAACUCUUUAGACCCUUACUCUGCUGAGCCGACACGUCACCCUGCCCUUCGGAUCAACAAUCUGAAACCCUUCAAUGCCGAACCACCUUCUUCAAUACUCUCUGAUAACUACAUCACCCCCUCAGUCAUAUUUUUUAAGCGAAAUCAUCUUCCAGUGCCUAGGAUUGAUCCUGAAACCUACCGGUUGGAGAUCGAGGGUCUCCCUGGUGGAGUAGUAUCCCUUACACUAAGUGAGCUGAAGUCUUGUUUUCCAAAACACACAAUUACAGCGACGCUUCAGUGUGCUGGGAACCGUCGGUCUGAGAUGAACACAGUCAAGCAAGUCAAAGGACUCAAUUGGGGAAUUGCCGCGAUUAGCAAUGCUACAUGGUCAGGCGCACUCCUGCGGGAUGUGCUGUUGCACUACGGCUUUGGACCAGAGAUCGCAGCAAAGGCUCAACAUGUUCAGUUCGAAGGGUUGGACAAGGAUGUGACCGGUACAGCGUAUGGCGCAUCUAUUCCACUGAACAAAGCUUUGAGUGAAGAAGGUGAUGUCCUUCUUGCAUAUGAGAUGAACGGGGAAGACCUUCCGCCUGAUCACGGCUAUCCUGUCCGUGUGGUUGUACCUGGAACUGUUGGAGCCCGCAAUGUCAAAUGGUUGGGGAAAAUUGUUGUGAGUGAAGAGGAGAGCAAGAGUCACUGGCAGCAGAAUGACUACAAAGGGUUUUCUCCGGGUACCGACUGGGACACUGUGGACUUUAAAUCGGCACCAGCCAUACAGGAGCUCCCCAUACAGUCAGCAAUCACUCAUCCAGCAGAGGGAACCUCAGUAGACGCCAGUGAUGGGGAGGUGACUGUAAAAGGGUAUGCAUGGAGUGGAGGAGGAAGAGAGGUUGUCAGAGUAGACGUCUCAGUAGAUGGUGGGAAGACAUGGCAUGUAGCCAAACUUCGCACUGGGGAUAAGGGACAACAAGCUCCUCCUCCUCCUCCACCUGGAAAAGCCUGGGCUUGGAAGCUAUGGGAGAUUGACGUCCCACUACCUCAUAAGGCACAGGAGCUGGAGAUUAUAUGCAAAGCAGUGGACAGUAGUUACAACAUGCAGCCAGAUACUGUUGCCCCAAUCUGGAACUUACGGGGAGUGCUUAGCAAUGCGUGGCAUCGAGUAAAAGUGAAAGUCCAUGAGGAUUUGUAAGACUAAAAAUGAAGUUUGAGCUUUUGGGUAAAUCCCAAAUUCCUGAAUACUUGGAACUGAUUAUACCAAGCAUGUUUAUCAGUCAUUCAUUGCUAGGAUUGUGAAAUCCUACAUGACGUGAAGUUACACUGUUCGUAAUUGUGAACUCAACAUAGGCUUAUAGAGAUGAGAUCCCACAUUUUAACUGCCCUCAAGGUUUAAGAGCUGAUAUUGAUAAUCUGACUUUUUUAUAAGUGCUUGCUUAGCAAGCAAGGAUUUCAUGUCCAGGCUCCUUGCUGAAUGUCACUCUUGACCAAGAAGAACUGAUGAAUCUUGACCGUGUGAACGGCAUCAUGGAUUAGGCCUUCAGUUCAUACCUCAGCAGGGUUUCUCAACGCUGGCCAUCGAGAUCUACUUCUCUGCAGAGUUUUGCUCCAACCCUAAUCAAACAAGCCUGAAGGCAAGCCUGCAGGGUUAGCAAACAAAAGCGUAACGCCUGCUAACGCAGGGAAGUAGGCCAUUUUUUUAUGGAUGUCAAUAGAGGAGAGGCUUCUCCUGAUUGUGUGAGGGAAUAGCUUAGCAUUUAAUAAAUCGACACCACAUCGGAUAAUCCUCAACAUCAUUGCUCUAAAACUUUCGUUUUGGAUUGAUCUAUUUUUAGAGUUCACACCAAAAAAAAUAUGCAAAUUUAUAAGAGAAGUAACAGACAAUUGCGCGACCAGGUAUGAUUCAGUUUGACACUUCUCAUUCAUUUCAAUGGUAUCCGCAAACAGUGACUGACGAAAUUCAGUGACGUCAAGGUUGUAAUGUGAUUGUCACACAUGAUCCAAGUUAGCCGUUACACAUUUUCCAAUGGUAGAGCCAUUGGCCAUCAUAUCUCCCAAUAAUAAGACCAUCUCUGCUUGAAAGGUACCGGCAGGAGAGUUUGAUCAGGGUUUGAGCUAAACUCUGUAGGAAAGUGGAUCUCGAGGGCCAGAGUUGUGAAUGCCUGUUUUAAAGUUGAUGACCAUUGGACUAAAUCUACCUAGGCUUGGUUUAAAUUUUAGGGAUCUGAUCAUAAGAGCUGGCUCAGUCUCCAGAUUUUAAAUCCAUUUUUUGGUAAAUUUGAAGAAAGCAAUGGCAGCACGGAAACCAAGAAAUAUCAGUGAACUGGAAGCUUUUGCACAAAAGCUAUAAGCAGACUGUGGAGAGGUGUCAAACUUCUAAGUACUUACAGUACAGGACAGACGGCAUUUAUUGAAGGUUAUAAAAAGUGAAGAAUUCAAAAUUCUUCUUGGAUGGAAUUUUUGUGUGUGUGUGUUUCUUUUGAAGUGACAAACUUCUUCUCAGAAACUUGCAAUGUAUAUUAAUAAACUUUAUAAGACUAUUUAA